AUGGCACACAGCAGAGGGAUGCACUCCUUGUUUCAUCUGACACUGGUGUUGUCCAUCGUCCUGACCUCAGCUCUGAGAACCCUCGACUCCAAAAAACAGCUGCAGGACAGUGGGUUUGGUGAACCGCCACCUCGCCACGGCAUCAGACUGCUGAAGUGGUACGUUAAGAAGUGCCUGGACAACAACAUGGUGGCUGUACGUGCAUGUGAUCCCAGACAGGGAAAGUACGGAUUUCAUGAGUUUCACAACCUAGAGGGUCUGCUUCCGGAGAUAGAGGACAAAAGGCAAUACAAAUACUUUACCAUUGGAAACCUCAACCGUCGUUAUGGUAAGGAUCUGCCAAAUGAAGUCAAGAAGGACUACGACCCCAAGAACCCCAAAAGUAACAUGGACAGAGUUCUGGUGAGAUACAACAAUAACAAUAAACGCAUCAGUGACAUCUACGCAUCUGCACAUUAUAAGUCAAAAGAGACAUACAUAAUUGGCCCCAAACUUAUUGCCUCUUUUCGACGGUCAAGCCCUCUUAUAGAGUGUGAGAAUAGUUUCAUCUGUGGUCAGAAGGAGUGGUAUGCUGCUUUCAUCUUAGAUGCACAACACACACAGAAGUUGACCCCAGUUUCCACUUGUGUCAGCAGCGAGUAG